UGGUCCGUUUGUUUUGGCGCUCGUUGUUUCUGCAGCGCCCCGAAGUGGGCGGGGUUAGAGAGAGCGGAGAGAAAGCGGGUUUGAAUAGUUCGAGCAACGGAAAUAUUGAGCAUUUUGGAAGCACGGCUCGGUUUUUUCUUACAUUUUUAUUCAUUUUUUACAUUUCGUUUUGUUGACUUUAUUGAAAGAGACCUCGAAACGCGAAAAGCUUGGAAAGCAAAACCGGCCUGAGAGGAGCUUUGUCGUCUUUGUUUAGCGAGCUUGCCGGUAUUGGAGGUGAAGCGACCCCCCCCCUCUCUCCCUCUCUCCUCACUGCUUAGUUAGCCGAGUUAGCUUAGCUUAGCUAACCGCUAAUCUUCACGCGACGGCUCCGUUCACAGAAGGAACACUGAAUUAUCCGAGUGGUUCAUGUGGACUGGACUUCUGAAGGUAUGACAAACCCAUUCAGCGCCGUGUUGUUCCCGAGGGAAACCAUGGGCUUGACUGGGAAGAAAUCGGAGAAAGGCCCAGUGUGCUGGAGGAGAAGAGUGAAGUCCGAGUACAUGCGCUUACGCCAGCUAAAGCGUUUUCGAAGAGCAGAUGAGGUUAAGAGCAUGUUCAAUUCAAACAGACAGAAAAUUCUAGAGCGCACCGACAUUCUCAAUCAGGAGUGGAAACUGCGUCGGAUUCAGCCAGUGCACAUCAUGACACCCGUGAGCUCGUUACGUGGAACACGAGAGUGCACAGUAGAUAGUGGCUUUGCAGAGUUCUCCAGACAAGUCAUUCCUCUUAAAACCCUGAAUGCUGUAGCUUCUGUACCUGUCAUGUAUUCCUGGUCACCACUCCAACAAAACUUUAUGGUUGAAGAUGAAACAGUUUUGCACAACAUACCUUAUAUGGGAGACGAGAUUCUGGACCAGGACGGCACUUUUAUUGAAGAGCUUAUUAAAAAUUACGAUGGCAAGGUUCAUGGAGAUAGAGAAUGUGGCUUUAUAAAUGAUGAGAUUUUUGUGGAGUUGGUGAACGCUCUUAAUCAGUAUAGUGACAAUGAAGAUGAUGAUGACGAUGAAGAGGACCAGCACGAUUACAAACUAGACAACUGCGAUGCAAAAGACAUUGCUGAAGAUUCUCGCAAGGACCAGCUUCUUAACUCUGAGAGUCUAAGCAGUGACUUUCCAAAAAAGUUUCCAUCCGAGAAAAUCUUUGAUGCCAUCUCCUCCAUGUUUCCUGAUAAAGGAUCUCCAGAAGAGCUCAAAGAAAAGUAUAAGGAGCUGACUGAGCAGCAGCUCCCAGGUACGCUUCCUCCAGAGUGCACGCCCAACAUUGAUGGCCCAAACGCCAAAUCAGUUCAGAGAGAGCAGAGCCUGCACUCCUUCCAUACGCUCUUCUGUAGACGCUGCUUCAAAUAUGACUGCUUCCUUCACCCCUUUCAUGCAACUCCAAACACAUACAAGCGCAAGAACCUGGAGAAUCUGGUGGACAGCAAGCCAUGUGGGCUUGAUUGCUACAUGUACCUGGUUCAGGACGGCAUGGUGAAGGAAUAUGCAGCUGGUGUGGUGGCAGAGCGAGCUAAAACCCCGUUGAAACGUUCGGCAGUCAGACGCAGAGGCAGACUUGCCAACAGCAAUAGCAACAGCAACAGCAGGCCAAGCACACCAACCGUGAACACGGAGACUAAAGACACAGACAGCGACCGAGAAGGAGGGACAGACACCAACGACAGCAAUGAUAAAGACGAUGAAGACAAGAAGGACGAGACUACUAGCUCUUCCGAGGGGAAUUCACGCUGCCAGACUCCAGUAAAACUGAAGAUCCCCGAUCCCCCCGAGAACGUAGACUGGACUGGAGCGGAGGCCUCCCUUUUCCGUGUACUCAUAGGCACUUACUAUGACAACUUUUGCGCCAUCGCUCGCCUCAUUGGCUCUAAGACCUGCAGACAGGUAUAUGAAUUCAGAGUAAAGGAAUCCAGCAUCAUUGCACGUGCGCCUACUGAAGAUGAAGACACGCCUCCAAGAAAAAAGAAGAGAAAACACAGGUUGUGGGCGACGCACUGUCGAAAAAUUCAACUAAAGAAAGAUGGUUCCUCCAAUCACGUCUACAACUAUCAGCCAUGUGACCACCCGAGGCAACCGUGUGACAGCUCCUGCCCAUGUGUCACUGCUCAAAACUUCUGUGAGAAAUUCUGCCAGUGCAGCUCAGAGUGCCAGAAUCGUUUCCCGGGCUGCCGCUGCAAGGCUCAGUGUAACACAAAGCAGUGUCCGUGCUACCUGGCUGUGCGCGAGUGCGACCCCGACCUCUGUCUUACCUGCGGAGCUGCUGAUCACUGGGAUAGCAAAAAUGUUUCAUGCAAGAACUGCAGCAUUCAGAGAGGAGCCAAGAAGCACCUACUGUUGGCACCAUCUGAUGUGGCAGGAUGGGGCAUCUUCAUCAAAGAGCCUGUUCAGAAGAAUGAGUUCAUUUCAGAGUACUGUGGAGAGAUCAUCUCGCAGGACGAGGCUGACCGCAGAGGAAAGGUCUAUGACAAAUACAUGUGUAGUUUCUUGUUCAACCUUAACAAUGAUUUUGUUGUCGAUGCGACGAGGAAAGGCAACAAGAUCAGGUUUGCCAAUCACUCUGUCAACCCCAACUGCUAUGCAAAAGUUAUGAUGGUUAAUGGGGAUCACCGAAUAGGGAUUUUUGCCAAGAGAGCCAUACAAACUGGGGAGGAGCUUUUCUUUGACUACAGAUAUAGUCAAGCUGACGCCCUCAAGUACGUGGGCAUCGAACGUGAAAUGGAAAUUCCAUGAAUCCGUCUACCUCUGGAACAAAUGCCUUACACUCUUCAGGAAUUUUCUCUCCACAUGCCGUUUCAAUACUGUUUUAUUUUUUUAUUUUAUUUUUUUUAUAGGACAAGGUGAUCAGCCUACUUGGAUAUUUCUAGUAGUUUUUUUUACACUUCAGUCUUUUCCUCAUUAUUUUUCUGACCAACAGGCGUUACUCUGGGAAUUCACUUUUUGACAGUAACUUGAAUAUUCACUUGUUUACAGCUUCAAGUUUAGUAGAGAUCCAUCACUGUCUAAUGGGCUGUAUGUUUUCCAGUGUUCUGAAAUGUUU